GGGGCCGGCCGAGCGCCGUGCGGACGCGGGGCGGCGCGGGGCGGCGCGGGGCGCGGGGCGCGGAGCUCGUGGCCCGCCGCUGCCGGAGCGGGCUCGCCGGUUGGGACGCGUGCCGCGCGCUGGCACCGCCCGGGCACGAGCCGGGCUGCACGAAAAUCCACUGCGCGCCCACCUCGCUGGUUCUACAAUGAGUGCCAAAUCUUCCAUCAGCAAGGAAAUUUUUGCACCUCUUGAUGAAAGAAUGCUGGGAGCUGUCCAAGUCAAGAGGAGGACGAAGAAAAAGAUUCCCUUCUUGGCAACUGGUGGUCAAGGCGAAUAUUUAACUUAUAUCUGCCUGUCAGUGACGAACAAGAAGCCCACGCAGGCGUCGAUCACAAAGGUCAAGCAGUUUGCGGGCUCCCCUUCCUUCGUGCGGAGAUCGCAGUGGACGCUUGAGCAGCUUCGCCAGGUGAACGGCAUCGACCCUAACCGGGACUCCGCGGAGUUUGAUUUGUUGUUUGAAAAUGCUUUUGACCAGUGGGUGGCCAGCACGGCCUCGGAAAAAUGCACCUUCUUCCAGAUCCUCCACCACACGUGCCAGCGGUACCUCACCGACAGGAAGCCAGAGUUUAUCAACUGCCAGUCCAAAAUCAUGGGAGGAAACAGCAUCCUCCAUUCAGCUGCCGACAGCGUGACCAGCGCGGUACAGAAGGCCAGCCAGGCCCUGAACGAGCGCGGGGAGCGGUUAGGCCGAGCCGAGGAGAAGACAGAAGACAUGAAGAACAGCGCCCAGCAGUUUGCGGAAACUGCACACAAGCUGGCCAUGAAGCACAAGUGUUGAGAAGCUGCCUGUCCUGGGGACCGUCUUAGGAGAAAUGGAAGCGUUUGCUCAGCAGUUGUUACGAGAAUUCCGGACUUCCACUUGCUUCUUUUUUCCAUAUAUGGACAUUGAUGAUUUUUUUGGUUGUUGUUGUUGUUGCUGUUCAUUUCAGAUGUUACUAUGAAUGAACAAGUGUUGGGUUUAUACAUUUCACUAAUAAUCUUGCUACAGUAGCAUCAGACUUCAUUUUGAUUAUUUUUUUUCCUCCACUGUGUAUGUGUGAGAAUGAAUGUAUCUUCCUUUCUAAGAGAUUUUCUUUUUAUAGCUUGAAUAUGAAAUUCGGACCAAAUGAUAAACUAAGAUGGGUCUAAACUGGCAAGGUGUAUAUUUUUCCUCUCUGAUAUAAGCAAGAAGAUAGCUUGGCGUGGUAACAGAAGAUGUUAUAUUUCCUGGACAGAAAUAAGGCCGACCAGAGACUGGCUUCCCUCCCUCUCCGUAACACUCUUAAUUUGAAGAGUAGAAUUUAAAUUCUGAGAUGUAAGUCUGCACCAUGGAAAACUCUAGGGCUUAUCAGGGGAAAUAGAAGUCUCAGAAGAUUUUGCUCUUUGCAUAUUAAUGUUUUGCAUGAAGUAUCACCAGCCUUCAAAGAAACAAAUCAGAAUCACAAAUAGAAAUCUACGUUCUGAGCUGCAGCUUAAAUACUUCUGCUACAUCUUUCCAGGCUGAUUAUCUAGAAUUAGCAUAUGAAGGAUAAAAAUCUGAGAGUAAAGGCCUGAGGCAAAGCUUACUUUACACUUUCCUCUCUUCCUCUCUCUCUUUUGUCAUUGUCCCAAAUUACAGAGGCUGAAAAGAACUUGGAUUUUUGUCCAAAACUGAUUGAUCUAGGAGCUGGAAGUGUGAUUCAAGGGGUAGAGAACUAGGCCUUGACCUGCAAAAGCCAAGUGACGGCAUGAGGCCCUGAGUUCAAGACCCAGUACUGGCACCCAAGGGAAAAAAAAAAAAAACAAAUCCAGAUAAAGGUCUCUGUAAAUGAUAAUGUGGAAAGACGCUGCCCUCCAAAACCUCUUUCUCUUUACAACGCUGCCCCCAUGCGAGGAUGCUUCGCAGUAUCCUUGGGAAACUUAAGAGCCAAGCUGCGCGCCGGAGGCAUGUCGGUCCUGACGGCCGUGAGCUCAUUUCCAGGACAAUUCCGUGGUCAAGACCCUCCCCGAGCUCCCCAUCCAGAGAGCGACUCGAGUCUGCGUUGUAGCCUCUUCCAUAGCAGUGUGAGGCAAGCUUGGGAUUAUUAAUUCUGAUUUCAGCAGCUUAAGUUCUGCUGGCAAUGUAGCCACAGGCGGGGAGAAAGGUUAUCAGUGGGAAAAAUAGAAAUCACAGACAGCACCUGUCAAGAGAGAGAUGGGAUUUGCCGGGGACACAUUUCUAAGUGUUCUUAAAGAGGUGAUGCAAUUGAAGGAAACUUUAACAAAAAUUAUAACACGUAGAUGUUUACUGUAAUGUUUUAUACUCUUCUUUUGGAGUUUUAACAGUUUAAGGAAGCAAUGAACAAAUCAUUUGAUGAGUACCAUUAGAAGUGUAUGUUUCCUUAAAAAAAAAAACCCUCAAACAGGUAUUGUUUUCAGACAUUCGUGGGAACCCAUUCAGACACACACGCGCGCACACGCACACACACGCACACAGGCCUGGCUGUCCAUCUUUCCAGACUGAAUUCUGAUUUCACAAUUGAAAGAGUAAACCUAACAUCCCCCGGCCGUCGGCCAAACUCAAGAACAGAAUUGGUAGCAGGCUACGGAACAGCCAUGUGUGGGACACUGCGUCUCAGGUGUUCAGGAUGAGAUCACAAGCAAACCUUGAAAUCCGAGCCUGGCCCUCCGUGCACAAUUCUGAGAGUUGCUGUUCAGAAAUGUAAGUCUUCCCUAGCUUGCCCCUGGCGACUGUUUCUCUUUCUAGACCUCAGACUUGUUGGAAACAGUUGGCAUUAAAACAAAGUCCAUCUGAAACCUCACUCACAUCCUCCUCUUUCUGAUUCGUUUCCAGGCAUGGUAAUGCCCUUGACCUCUCUCCCGUCCUACUUGACCCCCACCCAACACCCAGGCCAUGAGCAAUUCCUACCCGUCCUCCACUGUCCCGCCUGGCAGGGGCAGACCCGGUGACACGUGGGAAGCUCUUUGCUGUCCUUUUGUAGAAGGUGCUGAAAUACAAGACAUGCACACCCUCUAACCGAGGAGAACUGCUAACCGUGACAUCAUUCGGCACCAGUUCAUUGAGGGGAGCCUGUUAGAAGACAUUUCCUGUGUUCCAUUUCUGCGCUUCACUCUGAGUUUGGGAAAUAAGCGUAUUUGUGUGAAGGACUUCUCCUAUUGCAUUGGCCAUGGGUUAGGAAAAGAAACCCCCCCCCCCCCAGUGUUCCUCCUUCCUGGACCCCAGCCGUAGUGCCCCUCGCUAGUGUUAUUAGCUAUCCCUGUACAGGAGGAAUGCGGUUAUUCAGGUUACUAUUUCAUUUUAAAGAAUGUAUUUGUAAAAUGUAACAAGAUGAGUAGUUAACUUUUUUUAAGCUCUGAAAAAAAAAAUUAAGAUUCUGUGUUAGACUUAAAAUGAUAGUGAAGUCUGUCUAAAUAUUAUUGUGGCUAGCAAAAGUUGUGCAUUUAUGUAAAACUCUUUACAGAAUGUCCUAAGAAAAGGGGAUAUUCAAGGUAGGUUUCACUCUUAACUUCCAGAAUUGUGACACCGCUAAUGUCUGCUGUACAGUUAUUCACUCUUCAGAAGUGCUCUAAGAUAUCAACCAUCAUUUCUGUUUGAGUCAGAGACGAGUAACACCUGCUUUGUUGAUUCACUAUUACAGCAAACUCUGGUUUUGUCAUUAAAUAUUUUAACUCUGUGGUGAAAGUUGCUUUCUCUCUGUUAUUUGUGGAACCCACAAGAAACACCACCCAACAGAUACACGUGGCCACAUUUUUGUUACAGAUGGAGAACACGGCUGCAGAAGAUGUCUGCACCGUAACGCACACGAGGAUGCUGUUGUAUUAAAA